CUUAACCUAUUAAAUUUAACUCAUUCUUUAGAGUGCUCAGACUAAUAAAACAAAAAGUUUAUAAUCAGAAAAGAAUCUUUUGAAUUUUGACUACAUAAAGAUCAAAUAUGUAUAACGGUGUUGGUCUUCCAACUCCUAGAGGAUCUGGCACCAGUGGUCAUGUACAACGCAAUUGUGCAAUUUCAUUCAAAAAGGAAAAAAAGAAACAUACAGAAGUAAGUAAACUUGAUCCAAUUAAUCGACAACCAAAUAAGGAAAUUCUUGAACAUACUAGAAAAAGAGAAAUUGAAGUUAAAUGCUUUGAAUUAUCUGAUGCUUUAGAAGAGGAAGGAUAUACUCAAGAAGAAAUAGAUAUUAAGGUUACGUCAUAUAGAAAAAUAUUACUCGAAAAUUAUGAAAAAUCAAAAAAAGAUAAGAAACACACUGACGAAUAUGGUCGUCCAAUUGUUCAUGAUUCGCAUCAAAGUGCUGAAGCUCAAUUAGAAAGAAAUGCUAAAUUACGAGAUGCUUUUGGCUUAUCCAAAAUCGAUGAAAGUAAUUUGAAUUCUGAAGCACAUUCAACUGCAAGGUCUAAAAACAAAUCUUGAAUUACAAUUUUAUAGUCGAUAAUAAACUAGGGUUAUGUUUAAAAUAAUCAAUUACUUUAAGUUCAAUUCAAGUAUGUAACGUGCUUUUAUAAUGCAUUAUAAAAAUAAAAUUAUAAAUAAAUAAAAGAAAUUUAUUUAUAA